GACACCAAGCAGCAUGGAUAUCCGAUAUAAUCAAGACGCCGAGACCAACGUUGUGCUGAAGAAUGGGCUCAAGGAAGGGAAAGAUAGCAAGGAAUCCCAAGGAAACCUUUCGAAAACAUUUCUGAAGGAGCAGCAGGAUACUUUUUCAGCUUCAGGCUCAGCAGAAAACUGUGAAAAAAACAAAGGCAACUCCUCAGAUCCGGACUACUGCAGGAGGAUACUGGUCAGAGAUGCCAAAGGGUCCAUCAGAGAGAUCAUUCUGCCAAAGGGUUUGGAUCUGGACCGGCCGAAGCGCACCCGAACAUCGUUUACAGCCGAGCAGCUCUACAGAUUAGAAAUGGAGUUUCAGAGAUGUCAGUACGUGGUGGGACGAGAACGAACAGAGCUGGCAAGGCAACUUAAUCUGUCUGAGACUCAGGUAAAAGUCUGGUUCCAGAACAGGCGCACUAAACAAAAGAAAGACCAAGGCAAGGACUCUGAGCUUCGCUCGGUGGUCUCGGAAACUGCAGCCACCUGCAGUGUUUUGAGGCUUCUGGAGCAGGGCCGCUUACUGCCACCACCAGGCUUGCCUGGACUUCUGCCUCAUUGUGCCAACACCACCCUAGGAUCAGCCUUGAGAGGCCCAUCCAUGAACAUUGCCAGCAAUGGCACUGGGACAACAGGCUCGGGAACAGCUGGGAGUUCACCAUCAUUACCUGCAGUAACCACAUCUGGAGCACCUUCUGGCCUGCCCACCUCACCACCAGGCCACAGCCUGUUUAGCUUCCCAAUGCCCUCUCUUUUAGGUUCAGUUGCCAGUCGGCUUUCAUCAAACCCCUUAACCAUGGCUGGAUCGUUGGCGGGAAACUUGCAAGAACUGUCUGCUAGAUAUCUGAGCUCGUCGGCCUUUGAACCUUAUUCUAGGACCAACAGUAAGGACGUUAUGGACAAAAAAGUCCUGGACUGACUGACCUCCUUAUCUUCUGUCUUUGCAUCUUGUUUUUCUGUUGUUGAUUCACCUAUGAGGAGCCAAUAAAUGUUUUCACACUGAAAGUUCCGACAUGUAAUAGUCCAAUAUUUUAAUUGGCAUCAGAACGCUUUCCACAACAGGAGGAGAAUUAUUUAUUGAUACAGUAAAUUCAAUGACAGAAAUGUGAAAGAAGUAACACAUCAUCAUGUUUUAUAUAUAAAAUGCAUUAAGCUGUUUGGAGAGCAUCAGUGCCAAUAACCACAUUCGAUAAAACGUUAAAAAAAAAAAAGAAGUAUCUUUGUUAUGCAGAGCACAAGAAAAUAUUUAUAAGCUGUAAUAAUCCAGAUUCCCAAAGCGUGAAUGAACACUGCUGUUUGGUUGAGACAUAUAGAAGAAAUUCUCAAUAAUUAUCUUCCCUUUUUUGGUACCUGCUUAUGAACUUAAUUUCUCAACCAAAAUGACACGGAUAACUGGGGAUAACUGGGGUAAUGCAUUGCAUUACAAACUCAAGCCAGCCAUCUAUUAUUUAUAAGCAUUUGGCUGGCUUGCUGUGUGGCAAGCAGUUUAACCUACAAAACAGCAAAGACGCCAGCUUGCCACCACGCUUUUAGGUGUUGUAUUAAGCACCAGCCAGGCCCGUUUUUGUUUUUUUAUAAAACCUGAUUGAAAUAAUAUUUUGUUACAAACACUGCUGUAUUUUCUGUUUGUCUCAAGUUGAUCCUUUAGAAUUGUGUUACGUGUAUAAUGUAGAUAUGGUGAUCUUUGCAACGUUAGUAAAUCCCACGUCAGAUCCUACAGCAUACCAGCUGGGUAAAAAGCAGCAUGUCUGUAAUGUUCUGUUUAUUUCAAUGCAGCUCCAAGAGACACCCAGAAUUGGCCACUGUCUGUUUUCAAUAGCAAACGGUAAUUUGGAGGAGAAUAUGGGAUGUUAAGAAAAAAAACAAACAAAAAAACAAACAUUCUCCCCUUCGCCCUUCCUGCUUUUCUAAUUGCCUUCUUUUAUAAUAUAUGAGCCGUCCUAAUGUGCCAUCCAUCUUGGUCAUACAAACAAAUGAGUGCGUGUGCUAUAUGAAACCUACUGUAGUAUAAAGCAAAAUAUGUAACAAAAAACUGUUAUUUUAUUGUAAAUUAUUUACGUCUGUAAUUAAUCGAAUUAUCGUAUAUUGGGAGGAGAAAAUGAAUGAAUGUAAAAUUUCAAGUGUAAAAUCCAAUGAAACUCUUGAUACUGUUUGUGUUGAACCUCUUGAAAACUGUGAUUCUGUGGUG